UGAUGCUAUAGAUAGCCGCCGGAUGUGGUUCUUUUCCCCUGCCUGUGUGCGCUAAGUGUGCGGGUUCUUUUGCUACCGGUGUGUGGCUGCUGGAAUAUAAUGUCUUACGAGGAAUUCGAUGCAGAUCCGUAUACGUACCAGCCAGAAUUUGAUUCACACACAGGGGACCCUAAGCAAGAUCUGGCUUAUGAACGCCAGUACGAGCAGCAGACCUACCAGGUCAUCCCAGAGGUAAUCAAGAACUUCAUUCAGUACUUUCACAAAACUGUUUCGGACCUGAUUGAUCAGAAGGUGUAUGAGCUCCAAGCAAACCGCGUGUCUAGUGAUGUUAUUGAUCAGAAGAUCUAUGAGAUUCAGGACAUCUAUGAAAAUAGUUGGGCUAAACUGACAGAGCGUUUUUUCAAGACCUCUCCGUGGCCGGAAGCAGAAGCCAUAGCCCCACAGGUUGGGAAUGAUGCUGUAUUCCUGAUUCUGUACAAAGAGCUGUAUUACAGACACAUAUACGCUAAAGUCACUGGUGGACCAACAUUAGAACAACGUUUUGAAUCAUAUUACAACUAUUGCAACCUCUUCAAUUACAUCCUCAAUGCAGAUGGACCGGCCCCUCUUGAGCUUCCCAACCAGUGGCUGUGGGACAUUAUUGAUGAGUUUAUCUAUCAGUUCCAGUCAUUCAGUCAGUACAGGUGUAAGACUGCAAAGAAGUCUGAGGAGGAGAUUGAGUUCUUGAGGUCCAACCCAAAGAUCUGGAAUGUACACAGUGUUCUAAACGUCUUACACUCUCUUGUGGACAAAUCCAAUAUCAACCGCCAACUUGAAGUUUACACCAGUGGAGGUGACCCAGAGAGUGUGGCUGGUGAGUACGGACGUCAUUCCCUCUACAAGAUGUUGGGAUACUUUAGUCUUGUUGGACUCCUGCGUCUACAUUCACUUUUGGGGGAUUAUUACCAGGCUAUCAAGGUGCUGGAGAACAUAGAGCUGAACAAAAAGAGCAUGUACUCAAGAGUUCCAGAGUGCCAGGUUACCACUUAUUACUAUGUGGGCUUUGCCUACCUAAUGAUGCGACGCUAUCAAGAUGCCAUACGUGUGUUUGCCAACAUCUUGUUGUACAUCCAGAGAACCAAAAGCAUGUUCCAGAGGACAACUUAUAAGUAUGAGAUGAUUAACAAGCAGAAUGAGCAGAUGCACGCCCUCCUGGCUAUCGCACUCACUAUGUACCCUAUGCGCAUAGAUGAAAGCAUCCACACACAGCUCCGAGAGAAAUAUGGUGACAAGAUGCUACGGAUGCAGAAAGGUGAUGCUCAGAUCUAUGAGGAACUUUUCAAUUAUGCCUGUCCAAAAUUUCUGUCCCCUGUGGUCCCCAAUUAUGACAAUGUACACCCCAAUUUCCACAAGGAACCCUACUUGCAGCAGCUUAAGGUAUUUCUGGAUGAGGUGCAACAGCAGGCACAGCUCUCCACAAUCCGCAGUUUCCUGAAGCUCUAUACCACCAUGCCAGUGGCCAAGCUAGCUGGCUUCUUGGACCUGCCAGAACAGGAGUUCCGUAUCCAGCUGCUAGUCUUCAAACACAAGAUGAAGAACCUAGUGUGGACCAGCGGAAUUUCUGCAUUGGAAGGAGAGUUUCAGUCAGCCUCUGAAGUAGACUUUUACAUAGACAAGGACAUGAUCCACAUUGCAGACACCAAAGUUGCCCGACGUUACGGAGACUUCUUCAUCCGACAGAUUCACAAGUUUGAGGAGCUAAACAAGACCCUCAAGAAGAUGAGCAUAAAACCCUGAAACCAGUGAAUAGAGUAUAAAGUAUUUACACACGCUGAAGGUCGAACCAGCAGAUCAUCACUUUAAGGACUUAAAAAUCUUUUAAUAAAAAUUGUAAAAAAAAAAGCUAA